AUGGUAAGUGCAUGUAUGGUUGAGAAGAUGAAGCAAGUGGCACGCGAAAGGGAUAAACAGAUUCGGAAAAACAGCCUGAGUACUGAGGAGGUGGAAGAUGAAAGCGCCAAAGGGAAGGCCAGCCAGCCUUGCUCCAAGAAUGCAACGUGGGGUCCAUUUUCAUGUUUGCUGUGCUCCAACGUGAGACCAAUCAUGUUGCUUGGUCGCGCCAUGUCAUCGGGUAACACACCCACCUGUGACCCUUUCCUCGCAAUAAGAUUUCGUGAACGAAUGGAGGGUGACAAUGCAGUUAAAGUGAGUGAGGAAACUAUCAUUGAAGAAAUUCAUGCUAAAGCACCUGCGAUGGCACCAGAAAAGGAAGAAAAAAAUGCCACCAAUGAUGAAAGACCUCUAAAUGCCAACGAAGCAUCUGAGAAUUUUGCCAAAGCUGAAGGCCUUAGUUCUUCUGGCAUAGCAAGUGAAGGUGCAGCAAGUGUUUCUGAAAGAAAACUCCCAAGCGCCAUAAAGGAACCUGCUCCUAGGAAAGGCACUGGUUCAAAGAACAGCAAAUUGGCCAAGGUUAAACCUAAUGUGAAAGGCUCAGGUACAUUUUCUCGUAGCCAGAGGUCAAUACUUUCUCAGAGUCUUUCAUUUCCAGCAAAAGGAGUGCGUACUGAUAAUAUGAGGAAGAGCAUUGAGGGACACCCACUCAAAACUGCUGUCAAGCAUGCCCGGGAUGAAGGAACAAAGGCGCAGGUCCCUAUUUCCAUUGGGUCAGUCACUUCAAGUCCUCGUUUCAAUAAUGAUAACAGAGUGAAUUCAAAGGAAUCAAAUAUCAAUGGUGGUAAGACUUUAACUAGGCAGACUUCUUCAACAAGGAAGUCUAGCAAUCAGCAGGCUGCGUCUGCGAAACCAAGUUCUUCGAAUGAAGCUGCUAAGUGCCCUCCACCCCAGGUUUCUGAGUCUGCUGCUGAUCAAAAUUCAAAACCUGAGACAACCACAUUGUCAAGCAAAGAAGAAGAUGACACCCAUUCAUCAACUUCAAGUGCCACUCCUAGUGGGUGGAGAAGUAGUGGUUCUGGAUUCUCCUUCAGAUUGGAAGAACGAGCUGAAAAACGGAAGGAGUUCUUUUCAAAGCUUGAAGAGAAGAUCCAUGCUAAGGAAAUGGAACAGACUAACUUGCAGGCAAAAUCAAAGGAGAGCCAGGAAGCAGAGAUCAAGCAACUGAGGAAGUCUUUGACAUUUAAAGCUACACCUAUGCCAAGUUUCUAUAAAGAGCCUCCUCCAAAAGUUGAACUGAAAAAGAUACCGACUACCCGUGCAAAAUCACCAAAGCUUGGAAGGCGCAAGAGCUCUACAGCUUCAAUGAACAACUCUUUGGAAGGUAGUGGAUCUUCUUUUAGCCCACGAGCUUCUCACAGCCCACGUCUGAUCCAAGAAUCAAGCAACCCAACCAAGGGAAUUCAAAGAAAUGGUAAUAAGGAUAAUGGUACUUCAAAAACACUAAUUAGGAAGUCCCAACCUAAGAUUCAGUCUCACCAAAUCAUGGCCAAUGGAGUGGAAGGAAAGACUGUCAAGUCCAAAGCAAAGCCACCAGGAGCAGAGAGUCAAACCCAGAAAGCUAGUGUCGAAAAAGAGGAAGAGACUGAGAAUAAUUCUAUGAACGUUCCUGCAUGUGAGAAUGGAAUUGAGACCAUGCCUGAAAACAUUACUCAGAACGAUGAACUGUUAUUGUCCUCAUCCAAUCCUGAGAUUAUGCUCCCUGAAGUCACAGUUGGAGGUUUGACAUUGGAUGUUUAG